AUGGACUCGUCUUCCCGUCUGCCGCCUGUCGAGGCACCACCGUCUCCCAGUUCUGAAGAGCAUACCUCAACGGAUGCGUCGAAUCACGACCGGCGAGAUCGUCCUGCGAGAGACGCAUCCCAAGCGACACCUGAAGAGGGAGGUGCCAAUAGACCCCGCGAAGAUGGAGGUGAAGUGAGUGAAACAGAAAACCCAUCAUCUGUUGUCCCAGAUUCCGCCAUCGCUCCAUCGUCACGGACCGACAGUGUUCUUGAUGUCGCUGUGUUUCCGGUCGCUUCACGCUCUUGUGGGGAGCUUGCCCAUUUCGGAGACAACAGCGGAGGUGGCCUUGGCGGCGAACCCGGAGCUGGGCCGAAUCCACUUUCCGGUGCCACUCUGCCUUUCGCUCGGUCCGCUCUAGUCGCUAGAGAUGAGCCCCAUCCUUCCUCAUCUGCGUCUGUGCCUGCCCGAGGCCUUGGAGAUUUGCGAGGCCUCGACCUCUGGAACGGCCGAGUGGCGGAGCCUGAAGAACCCCCCGACGGCGACAGCUUUCGCGAGACGGCAUUGCCUUCCGGCAGCGAGGGGAGAGAAGCAAGAGCCGAAACUGCAGAAGGCGAGGCCGAUGGAGACACCGACAGCAGCCUCAGACGAUUUUCCUUUCCUGUGGCUCCUCCCUCUUUAACUCGCGAUUUCGCACCAACAGAAGAACGCGGAUCGCGACUUUGGGGAAGAGCUAAAGACGCCCGCGGAUCCCUGUCACUCCCGCCAUCUCAAGCACCGGCUCUCGCUGCGUCUUCGUCCUCUUCUUCGUCGUCCUCUUUUCCACCAUCUUCAGCCUCUUCUUCUUCCGCGUCUUCUUCGCUUCCUUCGUCCGCUUUACCUUUCCUCUUUCGCGCAGCAGAGAGCGAGGGAACUCACGUGGCGUGGGGUCUUGGCGGCGAGGACGCCGUCGCCGACUGUUUUGACUUCCCGUCGGAAUCGAUGGCUCCCUCGCCUCCCCUCGCCGAGUCUCCUCGACCUAUCCCUGCUGCCUCGUCUGCUUCUGCUUCCUGUGCUUCUUCUGCCUCGGGAGAUGUCGCGCAUACGAGUCAAGAUUUACUGCCGGAGUCUCCCGCGUCUUCGGGAGUGUAUCUACCUUCGUACCCUCCUCUUCCGACGUUUGCAGACGAGAUGCGCGUUUUUGCUUCUGAGGCCCAACUCGUGCAUCUGCUCAACGUGUGUGCACGACACCUGGAAGCGCUCGACGGGGCCUUUUUCGAAGAGCGCGCCGGACGGAGCGAAGGCUCUUCACGGAAUCUCCCGAUGCCUUGGUCUCCGCAGGUCUCCCGCGCGUCCCUCCCGACCCUCAGAGAGGCUCUCGAUACCUACGCGGGCUCUCUCGUCCACCUCGACCGUCUCCUGGACUCUCUCCUGGAGACUGCGGCGCCGGCCACUAUCCUCCUCGCCGCCUCAGUGAUUGUGGAGCAGCUCGAAGACCCCGAGCUUCUGCUGUCCCUCUUCUCAACUUUCUUUGCGACUCUCGGAGACACCGAAGCUCACCAGAGGCUCUUGCCGUGCAUUGCACCCCUUCGGGAACUGCUGCCUUCGGCUGAGCCAGACGCGGCGGCUCCGGCGUCUCCAGCGUCGCCUGCGCCCGCCGCGCGUCCUGACAGUCCCUGCACAUCGCGCCCCGCGCCCCCCUCGUCUGGUCCCUUUGUUCCGUUUUCGGCUCUGGAGGCUCCUCCGUCUGCGUGCGUGACGGAGGUGGCGGCGGCAUUUUUGUCUCGGCUGUCUUCGCUGCCCCUUGCGCGGUCGCGGUGCGGCCAGGUUUGGGACGGCGAGCACGUCGCGUACCGGUGUUUGACAUGCGGCGGGAGCCAGAGCAGCUGCAUUUGCGUGUUUUGCUUCCAGGAGGGAAACCACCUGGGCCAUAGCUACUUCAUUUACCGCUCGAGUUGCGGUGGCUGCUGCGACUGCGGCGACGCCUCCGCCUGGGCGCCCUCCGGGUUCUGUCGCCACCAUCCGGGGAGUCACCGCGACGUUGACCCGUCUGUUGCCUUGCCCACGCCCUGCAAGUUCGCCCUCGUCCUGCUGCUUCGCGUGCUCGUUCGCCGCCUGGCCAUGCAUGCGCUGGACAAGAACUGGAUCGCCACGCAGGAACUGUGCGCGACGCUGCUCCAGCUCUCGGAGCAGCACGAAGGCAUCCGGAGAUGCAUCGGCCAGGCGAUGCUCGAGGCAGUCCGCGGGACGCCGGACGACAGCCGCGGGUUCGCCAAUGCGGAGACACCCGGCGCAGAGCGGCUCUUCCUCCCGCCGAACUACGCCCGUUACGACGGCUGGCAGGCGCUCCUCCUCAACCGGGCGCUAGCGCUUUCUCGUGGAGGCGCGUCGGUGUCCGAAGAAGAAGAGUUCGCGCGGCGGGCGACCGAGGGCGCCGCCCGAGCCGCGGAGGCGCAGGCGAAGGCGGAGCAGGCCGAGAAAGCGGGGGGGCGGGGGCUCCUGGGCGAGGAGGCUGAGCGACGCAUGCGCCUCGCGACGGACCGCGAACUGCGAGAGAUCGAAGAGCGGAAGAAGGCCGGCGGCGUCAACGUGAAGUCGUUUGACGACGCCCUCAGAUUCGCCAUGUGGGGUGGCGAGUCCGCGCGGCGGCCGGAGAAUGGAGACACCCACACGCUGGGGCCAAGAGACCAGGGGAGAGACGCGGAAAUCCGGAGGCGUGAGGGAAACGGAGCAGACCGCGAACCAGGGGUCAACGCAGGAAACGGCGAGCCACCGAGAGAAAGGAAAAAACAUGAGAAGAACGAAACACUCGAAGGAAAAAACGAACUUCCCAGCGACAAGAGCGGCAGACGAUCUUCCACUUCGUCGUCUUCUUCUUCCUCUGCCUCCGUGUCGAGUGCCUACCGACACUAUGGGAUUGGCGCCUGUGUGGCGUCUGUUUUGCUGAAGGUAGCGAGCGACAUUUCCGGGCGUUUGAUCGAAGAUGAGGACCGCCGGAGUUCGGACCGCGAAGAAGCGGAGUCAGAAGAAACAAAGACGGAGAAGGCUGUGCAUGCCUCGCUCACCACCCUCUGGCUGGCCCUCAUGUUCGACGAGUGGUUCAAGGAGCAGUUCGCGUUCGUCUUCAUCCAGAAGUACAGAGACCUAGUCCUCAAGAGCGACAGUGCACUCGAGCGCGUCACUGUCCAGGUGCUCUCCAUUCGCUCUCUCUUGACGCGACUCCUCUACUCGGGACUGCUCCUCCCGCUACUCUUCUCCUCCUGCCGCCUCGUCCUCGGUCAAGCCGUGCCGCAACUGCCUCCGCGAGGGCGCGACCGUCUCAGCUUGUUUUGGCGGCGCCGGCGGUGCACUUGGGGAGGGUAUCCUUCUCCGCCGUACAUCGACAUCAAAAAUAGUCUCCUGCAUCGCAGAGGGUACACCAACUCCCUCAACGACGUGCGCUACCUCGUCGCCGAGAAAGAUCUCCUCGUCCAGUACCUGUCAGAGCAUCCGUCGAAUGUAGCGGCCCUCUGGGACGACGGUUUCCUGCCGCUCUACUGUCUGAGUCAGAACGUGAAUUUGCAUCGACGGCGUACCACCACGCACGUCGAGUACGAGGAUUCCCAUCGGUGGUCCCACGCGCUCUGUCUCGCCAUCGAGCUGGGCCAGAACGCCCUCGCGCUGCACGAGAUCCUCGAGGCGUGCCCGUGGCCUGUCGCCGUCCUGAUCUUCCAGAAGACCCGGCAGAGACUCCAGGCGUGGAUUGGAGCCACGCGGCGACGCGAGUGCGUCGAGGAAGGGAUCAGCUGGGUAUUUGCGAGCGACGGCGGCGUCGCGCCCUUGCUCGCGCGGGAGCGCACGAAACAGCGAACGCGCGCAGAGGGAACGCGGGACAGACCGAGCCAGGCAGAGACAGAGAGAGAGAUACAGAGGGAGACACAGAGAGAGAUACAGAGGGAGACACAGAGAGAGACAGAGGGAGAAGCACGAGUAGCGAGGCGAGCAGACGCAGCGGAGAUAGGGGGAGAGGCGAACGCGUGCGCUUCGGAUAAGAGACAGAAGCGAGAAGGCGACGGAGGCGGCCAGAGCGGCGCGACUGGAGACGAACGUGACGACGUGGAGUCAAGCGUGUAUCCGGAGCAUCGCAGUCUGGACCACUUUGUGAGCCGCCACCCGACCUCGUUUCACAUCCCGCUUAGCCGGCUUCUGGCGCAGUUGCUCAAGGCCCUGAUGGUGCACAGAGCGUGUCCUGUCGAGACACUCGAGGAGCUUCUGGAGCUUCUUGGUGUCACGAUGGAAGACAGAAUCGAGGCGCUGGAACACCAUUUUCGGACACUCGUCUUCUUCCACCAAGUGACCACCUGCAGUAUGUGGGUUCGAAACGGCUUGGCGGUGGUGAGUGAGGCGCAGUGCUACCGUCGCGCGUUUUACCAGUCAGUGUUGAUUGACCUCGAUUUGACCGCUGCGCGUCUCGGCUGCUGUUCAAUACCCCCGCCGCUGUUCCUCCUCCACCUGCUGGCGAAAUGCGACGUGCCCUUCGACCUCGCCCUUUCGUCUCCAUGCCCGUCCCUCCUGUCCCUGCCGACCUCCUCGGGCUCUGCGUCGCCGCGGACGACAGAAGAGUGGUCGGCAGAAGCGCUCACCUCUUCUCCGCGCGGCCUGACAUCUCCCAGGGUCCCUGGCGAAGCGGGGGACGGCGUGUACGCCUCGGAGGACGAGAAGGCUGCUGACGUCCGACUCGUGGCUUCCCUGGCCUCGCAAGGGCCCGCGCCGUACACCGCGCCGGGCCGAGGAGGGCGAGAGACCGGUCAGCCAGCGGGGCUGUCUCGGCGUCGCGAAUCCAUAGUAAACGAGGUCGUCUGUGGAGGCCGAAGCAACGAACACCUGCUGCCGCAAACCCACGCGUUCAUGGUCCUUCUUCUCCAGUUUCUGUACCCGACAAACAGCCUCUUUUGCUCCGAAGAGGACAUGAUGACAUACCUCCUCAGACACCACCUGAUGCGGGGCCCGCAGACGCACUCCAGUCUCCAGGAUGUCGUCACACGACCCUACAAGCAGCAGCCUCAGUUCACAGACCUCGUCGAUCGUGUCCUCAAGAAGAUUUCCACAUAUCGAGGAGCCGAAGGCAUGACUCCGGGACAGUUCCACAUCCACUCCGCGAGCUGGGCAUUCUACGAUCCAUACUUUCCCUAUUUCUCCUGGGCCGAUCACCAGCACAUCGAAGAAGCGUUUCUCGAGCAAAUCAAAUCACACCCGGAAAUCCUCAACCAGUGGCUGCCGCACCCCUCAACCGACUGUUCUCUCUCUUCUUCGGCUUCUCUCUGUUCCUCGAUUCCGAAGGCGUAUCGGUCUGGCUUUUUCACGUUUUGUUUGAGUCCGGCAGUACGAAGCGCCGUCUGGUUGCUGACGCUCCAGGUGCUUCUUGCUCAGUCGACGGACCACCGUUUCAUUCAUCUUCUUCUCUCUCUGCUGUUGCGGCUCAUGAGUCUCGACAUCGUGUGGAAGGAGCGGGAGUCGGCGGAGGCGCGGCAGCGACUGCUUGCCCGCCAGAGAGCCGACGACUUGAUGCGGCGCGUCCUCCACCAGAGACGACGCAACCGCAAGCAAAGAGAGAAUCGCGAGGCGGAGAGAGACGAGGGAGAAGAAGGAGAAGGGCGAUCGACGGGUGUCGCCAACGAGGCUGCGCAGUUAAGGUCUUCCGCCUCACAUGAGACCGACGACGAGACGGCAGACGAAAGCGAAGCAAAGAAGGAAGAAGAGAAGGCCGAAGGUACCGUGAUUGAGCUUCGGGAGGACGUGGACCUUCUCGGCAUGGCGCGGUGGAUGGGGACGAAUUUGGGAGAUUCGCUGGUGCGGACCUUUCAGUUGCGGCACGUGUUUCUGGACGUUUCCGGCCGACACGAGGCCCGAUGGUUCUCGCGCCGUCUGGGGACGCGGAGACACAGGGGAUCGGCUCCGAACGGCGACGCGAGCGGGAAGGCAGGCGAGGAAGCGGAGACGGCAGCAGCAACCGAGAGCCUCGGGAGGCGAGGAGGCCGAGGCGAAUUUUGCGCGGUCGAGGGCGCGUCGCCAACGUCUUCCGGAGAGUCGUCGAGCGACGGGAGGGAAACUGAGGAAGAAGGGCUGCUGGAGGAGAGGAUCUCUGGGAGAGGCGACGGCCGGCGAAGAGAACCUGGAGAGAGAAGAGCGUCGCCGCACCGUGACCACCAAGACCCGCGGUCGUCCGCAGAUGAAGAAGAGAGUGUGAAUCUGGACUCCGACGACGAAUGGCUCGACGACCGCCGAGCCGGCCAGGGCCGCUUCUGGAUCGACCAGAGUCUGGGCCGGGGCGACGGGAACGGCCGCGAGAGACGGGGACACCGAGCCAGCGAAGGCUACGGGGGCGGCGCAGUUGCCGUCUCAGGCGGCAGAGGCAGGCAGGGAGGCCGUCGGAACGGAGGGACGGAAGAGCGAGGAGCCCCACGCGCGAGAGGGACUCUGUUCUGGAGCGCUAGUCGGGGGGUCUUCUUCCCCGACAACGAAGGGAGCAGUGAGGCCAGCGGCGAAGAGGAAGAGGACAUGAUGACCUACAUCGAGUGGGGCGGCAGUGCUGGUCGUCGCUCCGCCUCGAGGCGAGAAGGGCCGGAAGACGUGGAAAUGGAAGACCGCGAGGACGAGCCCGGCGAGUUUAACUGCCGAGACGACGGGCUCGACUUCGGGGUACGGGCUGGAGGCGACUCACGGGACGCUUCGAGAGCAGGUCGAAAUCGCCCACUCUCCCCUGCUUCGUUGGCAGGCGGAGAACCAGUGGAUGCAGGCCCACCUCCCCUUUCGUCGCUCCCCCCCCAGGAAGCUGAGGAACCGGCGUCUUCUUCUCAGACUGCGACUGCGGCGUCCCCGCCGUCCGAUUUCUCAGAGUCCCUCUUGCGAUCCGUGAGACUUUCGACGGCUUCAUCCUGUGCCCACUGUUCUUCGCAGUCGCAGGGUUUCUCCACACCGGAGACAGCGCUCGGCGAUUCGAAGAGCGUCCGUCACUCCCGCUCGUCCUCUACCUCUGUGCGGCGGUCUGUGGUGCGAGGCGACUCGCGGCAGGCGCGCUGCAGACCGGAAGCGAGAGAGGCGCGCCAGAGGCAAAAGGGGUGGAGGCGAAGGCGGCGACGGCUGGCCUCGGCGUGGGGGACGAACGAGAGCAGUGUCGAAGGAAUGCUGGACCUGCUUGCUCAGGACGCGUUUGUGCUCGAGGCGGAAGGGGGUGAAGGCCUGGACGGCCAGGAGGCGACUUCGGUGCGAGGCUGCGGCGGCGAGGAAGGCGCAGAAGCCGACUUGAUCGUUUCGGAAAACGGCGAGAUUCUUUACGAUCGGGAAGACGCACAUGCUCCCAGAGAUGUCUUUGUGGAUCCUCUUCUUCUCGCUCUUCGUCGUCUGCGAAAAGAAGAAAGCGAUCUGCAAGGGGCAGACGAACGCUCCUCUCCACCUUCCCCGCCAUGCGAGUCUUCGGCUUCCCAAUCUUCGGCGCCCAAGACGUCUUCACUCUUCUCGCGGACGCGUAUCGGAUCUUUGUGUCUCCUUCCGGGCGCCGCGGCCGACGUGGCGCGGCGCCUGGUCCGGAAAAUGGAGGCAGAACCUUGGCGGAAGCCGGGGAUCGGGGCGGCAGUGCCAGCCCCGGGGGCGUCUGCCGGCGGUGACUCAAGUGGAGAGACAGGAGACACGAGAGGCGAGCGAGAAGCAGCGAGAGACGGACAGAGCGAAGGCGUGAUUGAGCAGGCCAUGGAAGGGGAAGACGCCCCUGAGUCGCAUGCAGACGACGAGCAGCGGACCGAGUUUCUUAUUCUCGCCGCCCCAGCGGACUCCUCCGACUCCUCUUCUUCCUGGGAGGAGACACCAGGGACUGAAGCUGCUGCCAUGGAGGCCGCCGAAGCCGCCUCGAUGAUGCGUGUUGAGCCACGCUCCCCCGAUGGCAACCGGAUCCAGUCUUUCGCUGAAUUGUUCCGCUUUCCCCUUCCUGCGGACUCGAGCUCUCCCGGCUCGGCAUCUGCCGCGCAGCCCGACAGUCUUGACCGUCUUGGCGUCUUCACCGACUCCCUUCGUCAGCAGCUCGUCAGCAUUCUCCACGAUGCCGGGGUAACCGAUCUUGAACAUGCUUUCCCUUCUUCUUCUCCUUUGUCUUCUUCUUCAUCUUCUUCUUUGUCUUCAUCUUCUUCGUCUUCUGCCGCAUCUGGGCCUGAGACCCUCGCGGAGAGGCGCUCCGAGGGCGAGUCUGGGGAUGGUUGCCCCUCGGGCCCUGACGCCGUGUCUGCUUCGGGGUCGACUGCGGACGAGCCGGCGCGGCGCGAGGGCGGCGAAGACGCGCUGAGCCAAGCCUGCACAGACGCGCCACGGGGCGCAAGAGGCUGGCAGCUCCUGCUGCUGCGGGCCGUCGCGGGGGGGGCCCAGAGCGCGGAGCGGAACCUCGCGAGUCUCCACCUGGUGGCGCGGCGUCUGCUCAGCGGCGCAGCUCACGGGGAAGAGGGGGGAGGCGAGGACAGGCCCGCAAAUGCGUUGUCGAUUGUGUUUGGGCGCACGGCGCGGAGCGACCUCGCGCGCUUGCGCAGCCCGCCCGGCGCAUCCGACCGCAAAGGCGGCCGCGCCCAGCCCGACUCGAAAGAAAUCUGCGCCGCGCUCCUGCGGCUUCUCCAAUGCCGGAAGCGCGCCCCGUCCGAGUUCCCGUUCCUCGUCCGCUUCUCCAUGCUGAAGAUUCUCUUUGCGAUGCGACAGUCGCCCCGAUUCGAGGCACACUGGCAGCAGCUGGACUGGGUCCUCCAGGCCGCCGGGCGUCUGGACGCGCGUGUCGAGCGCCAAAUCCGCCAGUGGAGACGCGCUGCUGCUGCCGCGGCUGGGACCCCAAGCCCCGAGUGCGGGCCGGUCGCCGGCGGGCCCCUCUCGCCGUCCCUUGGCCCUGGCGAAGACACUGCCCGCGCCGGAGACGCGGCCGCCGGUGAGCGGGGCCUGGCGAGCGAGGGCGGGGGUGAGCUGGCGGGCGCGCGAGGGCGGGACGAGGGCGAAGGAGAGACAGUCGAGCCGGAAGAGAGUCUGCGGGAAGGUGACGGCGCGUCCCCGAAGCGCGCCGGUGGGCCUGGAGCCACGGACGCGGAGGCGUCGGUGAGGGGCGGAGACGAGGCGCGAAAGCGGACAGAAGACAGCGGCGAAGACGCGAAACGCGGGGAGGAAUGGAAAGAGGCAGUCCGUCGUCGCCAGGAGCAAGUCUUAGCGUCCUUCCGGCAAAAGCAGGCGACGUUCCAGUCCGGUAACCAGCGCGACUUCGACGAGGCGAAGUUUCUCGCAGACUCGGACGUUCCGCGUUGUGUCUCCUGUCGCCUCGAAGAAGAGACACUCCUCACCUUUCUCUCUUCGUCUUCCUCGUCUUUCCCGGAAGAUUACGAACGGAUCUUCAGCGCCGCCUCGCGCUGCUGUUCCCCAUUCCAUUCGCCCGGCGCUGACCCGCUUGGGCUACUCUGCCACGUCCAACUCACUUCUGUCGGAAGUUCGGCCCGACCCUCGGUGCCGCCCUGUCUCCUCCAACCGCCGUGGGCCCUUAUGAGCUCGGCCUCCACGAGCGCGGGGGCGGGAGCCGCAGACGUCAGCCGUGCAACAGCGAGUCGGGCUCCAGGGGCCGGCGGCCCCUCGCGGGAGGGGCCUGGCGGGGGCGCGGCCGCCGGUGGAGCCCCACGCGGUCGAAGUGGCUCGGACAGCGCUUCGGGCGCCGCCGCACUCUCGGGGCCGCUGACCCGAGGGUCGGGAAGAUCUCGAGCGCACGACGGUAGCGCGGUCGUGGCAGGGGCCGCUGCGACCGCGGAGUUCGGCAGUCGCUCUCGUGCAGGCCGGGAGGAUUCGGGAGACGAUGACACCCGUUUCUCUUGCUUGUCGAUGGUGCAGAGACGAGAAGGCCUUCGAGGAGCAAAGAACAGCUUCUUCGAGGCGUCUGCGGUCCCCGCAAUCCUCGAGGAUGUCGCGUCGCCGGCCUCGUACAGCUACGACCUCGUCCCGAACCUACUCUCACCCCAGGGCGCUUUCCAUGGCUUUCAGAUCCGCAGCUGCGGCCACCGCAUGCACCUGAGUUGCUACCGACGGUACCAGAAAUCGCAACAGCACCACAUGUAUCUCUCUGAGCUUCUCCUGCCUUGCCCCUAUUGCCAUCAGCCCUGCAAUCUUCUGCUGGUUGACGCGCCGCCUCCGGCCGUCGCUCGCCUCGAGCUGCAAAGGCUCUUGACGGACCACGUGCUCAAAAAAGCGCGAGAGCAGAGGGCGCAGCGGAGCCUCGCUGCAGACGGGGACGCCGGCGCCUCACCGAGCGGGCCCAGAGACAGCACAGGGCCCGGCGGCCUCGCGUUGCGCGAGGGACAGGGGGGACAAGGAUACGGGGGGAGGACAACUGCGUCCUGGAGCUCCCCGUCCGCGAAGGCCGCCGACGCGAAGGGCCCUGUCUCGACGCCUGCGGCGCGUGCAGUCGCUGGCGGCCCGGCGCCGUUCUUUAACGGAGAAGCGGAAGACCACGAGGACAGCCCCGGGCCCUUCUCCGACAGCGAAGACACAAAGAAGUCUCCUUGCCUGAGCCCAGUCUCCUGGAAGCGCACGCUAGCCAGAUUCGUCCGCCGGUGCGAGAAGCUGCGGUCAGACCGGGAACGUCUCUUGCCACUUCUUUGGCCUGCUUCGUGUUCCGUGGUGGGUCUGCCUUCCGUGUCUGGGGCGCCUUUGCGGCUCCAGUCCCUCCUUCUCCACACAGCGGCGGCCAGUGACCUUCUUCAUUUGUGCAGAGCUUCUCUGCGCAUUUCGCCGCUGCAUCUUCCCGCGCCAAUUCUCUGGUCGCCGUCCUCCACGAGCCUCCGGACCUCUUCGGGGACUGUCGGGCCCGCAGGGGCGACCUUUUCAGGCGCCGCGGGCGCGAGGCGCUUCGCAGGUUUCUUCUCCUUCUCCAGCCCGUUCGGGUCGGACACCGGCGCGUGCGACUCCACUGCGGCGCUCUCUGGGGCAGCUCGCUUGUCGGAAGCCUUGUUCGGCGCCGACUGUGCGAGAGCGCCCUCGCUUGGCCCCCUGCCGCGCUGUCUCCCCCUUGCUGUCCCCGCGUGGGGCGGGAUCCCGACAGGGCUCCAAGGUGCCGCACCCAGAUGCAGCGUAGGCCGUGCAGGGCCAGGCCCCGACCAAGGGCGCGGAGACGACAGAAACGAAAACGCAGUGAGGCAGGGAGAUGAUUCCGAAGACGCGAAUCUAGGGCCCGAAUCCGGUGGCCUUGCACAUCUCUCUUCCUCGACUUCGGCUCUUCUGGGGACCAGUGGGGGUUCCAGUGAGAGAAGCCGCGCCGCUCCCAGCGAUGGCGCUGCCCUCACGAGUGAGCAAGCGUUGUCAGUCGAAGGCGAUCGGCGAGACCGCCUUCACCUCCAGGCUGGCGCGGAGCGUGAGCCAUGCAGACUCGGCUCUUCCGCGCUGCUGCCGCACUCCUCGGUCGUGUCUGCGUCGCUUCAGGAUUCGCCGAGACAGUCAGGAGGGGUGGCAACGACAGGAACCAAGGAAUCGGGCACGCGGUUGGCUCGAAACGAGGAGAGGUUGAGUGGGCUUUCGAGUCGCGAAGGCAACGACGAAAGGGAAGGCAACGGUGAGGGGGGGUGUCUCCUCUGGACCCCUCAAGACGUUGGGGGCUUGUUUGGGCACGCCGCAUGCACUGCCCAGCCGCCCGUGUAUGGGGGCGCGUGGCCACGGAACGAUUUCGUCGUUCAUCCCCUCGCGGUCGUGUCCAAGCUGAUCAGCGACUCCGUCGAACACACCGAGAUGGCGCUCCGCAGUCAACCCAGUGGGGACCAGGGCUUGUCGACCGGUCGGGCCGAGGUUCUCCACGGCUGUUAUGCGGUGUACCUCCACCUUGCCGAUGAGUUCCAGCACGUCGCUGUAGGCGACACCGGCGUCACAGCCUUCGACCUCUAUGUCCAUGACCUCGAACUCAUGGCCCUCUUCCACUGUCCCCUCUUUCCCUCUCCACUCGCAGAGCCUCUCUCUCCUUCGGCGACAGCCACCUCUCCUGUCCCCACCUACGCGUCCGGUACAGUUCGAAAGCUUGGAAACCCCACCGAGGUCUUAAACGCGCCCGCCGGCCCACCGCAGAUAUCUCCUUUGUCCGCGUCUUCCUCGUCUAGUUCUUCGAGCUUGCUCCGACCGGCUACGAAGAAGUGGGUGUCUUUCGGCGGGCUCCUCCCUUCUGACGCGUGUUCGUACGUCGACCUCGUUCUCUCGCUGUCACUGUUGCAUCCGAGCACGCGCUUCCACUUGCUUUCUCGCCUGUUUCUAGCUUUCCACGCACUGGCACUCCGCGCAAAAGCAGACGAGAAGGCUGGCGGGGCCGGUCGCCACCUGCGCGCGGCGAUCGACGCUGCGGAGAGAGGCGCGCGCGCCGCCGAGUUCCUUCUCCUGGGCUCGGAGCCCUCGGCGGAGACUGGCCCGUCCAGCCGAAGUGCGCCUCUCGGGGAUGGCGACGCUGACGCCGCACGGGGGCGCGGGAGAAGCGGCUCGGCGCCCAGGAGGCCCGAACCGACCGGCAAAGGCGACAGAGAGCGGGACGAGGCCGAGGCGGGAGAUCAGCCGGAAGUGGGAGAGGAAGCGCGAGAGAGCGAACAGCAGGAAGAGGCGGCAGAUGGAGACGAGCGACGGGCAAGGCGACCGCGGCUGGCCGCGACCGCACGUCGCCUGGGCCGCGGAGCCCAAGGAGGGGGCGCGUGGGGCACCCGCGAGCAAGCGCGGGCGCGAGUGAGCGACCUGGCAAGCGAGACUGAGAGGCCAGGCGGCCGCGAGGGGCGCGGGUGGCUGUCUCUGAACACCGCGCUCCGAGAAAUUGAAGAGGAAAUCGCUGCCGCGUUAGGCAGAGACGAGCAGCAGUCCGGAGACGGGGCGGCAGAAGCGAACGAGGCGAAAGAGCCGAGUGAACAGGGCGAUUCCCGCGAUGCGCCACCGCCACGGGAAGGCCUUACGCAGGGGGUUCACCGGGUGCGAGAAGCGCAGGAGACUCCGACGGAUGUGCGUGAGCGCGUCGUUUCUGGAUCACAGUCUGCGCUGUCCUCGGGUUCAAGGCCCGAGACCUGCCAGCCGUUGUCGACGUCGAUGGGCGGUGGCCUUUCCGGCCACGUGGCUCGGAGCCCAGGGCAGAACGGAACUGCGCAGCAGCCCGGGAGGCGAGCGCGGCAGACACCGAGUCCCCAGCGGGCGUUCUUGGAGGUUCUUGAGCUGUAUGUCCAGCUUUUUUUUCUCUCGGAGGUGAUUGCGAUCCUGUGGCAAUGGUGGGACCGCCUGCCGUUUCCCUCAGCCUCCGUCGAGGACGGUACCGGCCCUCGAGAGGCUCCUGAUGCCGCCGCGAAGGACGGGAGCGCUACGGCGUGGCAAGAAAUCUGGCGCGUCUUGCACCUGCGGGCGACGCAGCACCGGGAAGGGCGCAUGGCAGCGACCUCCUCUCCCCACUCCGCUGCCCCUGCGCCUCAUCGUGGCCGACGAAACGUCCCUGCGUCUGUCGCGUCGACCUCGAGGAGCCUAGAGGAAGCACUGCAUGCACACCACGGCCGAGUCGACGAGGAUGCUCCAGCGCCUGGCGCUUGGGGGGUUUCUGCUGGCGGCUUCGCCUCGAGCUCGGCAGGGACUGAGUCCGCGGAGCGAAGGAGCGAGGGACGGAUGGAGAAGAGCGGCAAGCGACGGAGCGCAAGUCGAAAGGCAGAGGAGGACGACGCAGGCGACGGCGCCGAUGAGUUAGGCAGACGAAGGCGCAAGCGCAACUGCGAGGAAGACGGCGCAGGGAGUGGGCCGGGGGCGGCCGAGGAGGAGAGCGAGAGAAGAAUUGAAACUGGGGGCCUCCCGACCGCGGAGGGCCGAGAUGAGGUGAUGCGCGCAGACGGGGAAGACGCGGGCAGGGAGGGCACCUCAUGCGACAACGCGAGCAACGAGGCCCUAGCGCCAACCGCGCGUCCUCUAGCUGCCUCGUCUCAGCCAGAAGAAGCCGCCGAGAAGCCUCGAGCGCCAACGAGCUUUCUCACGCACGCUCGGGGGGAAGGUACGACGGAGCAGGGAGAGGAAGGGGCGACGAGGCGCGAGAGAAGAGAAAAACUGGGGACAGAGAAGCAACGCCCCCACGUCGACGCUCGCAAAGACGUCCUCGCCUCACAGUCCUUCGUUACGCGCUGGUCGCAGGAGGUCGAAGGAGAGUGCCUCGAGUGGGAAGGCGACUCGGCAGUUCUGGAAGAAACCCGACAGGCAGACGGUCUCUCGGCAAGCGUCUGGCUGGAGGAUCUUCGCUUGCUGGGCCGGCGUCUCCCCUACCCGCCGCGGAAAGAGCAGCUCGGCGUCGCGGCGUGGCGCGUGCGUUUUGAUGAAAACGGAACCGAUGAAAGACGCGCGGGCGAGGCAGGACAGGCCGCCUCCGAAGGCCGAGGAAACUCGCCACUUCCCCGCGAAGACGCGGCUCUCUCGGCGUCUCCUGGGGCCUCUCUGUCGCAGGAGAGAACGGGAGAAAAAGAGGAACUUCUGACGAAAGACUACCUGUUGAGUGUCUACACUGCUCGGACGGACAGGGCGGAGGAGCUGAAGUCGUGCGUCCCGUCGCUGCCAGGUCGGCUGCCGCUGAAGGCGCUCUCGCGGGCGACUCUUGGCGGCUUGAAGCCUUCGUCUGUCGACCGCGUGACUCCGCCCUUUGGGCUGCUUGAGGGAACGCGCUCCGUGGGCGCAGCCAGCGACCUGGGAGACGGCGAGAGAGAAUGUAACAGACGGGAGCGUGGCGCUGAGGUUGGAGAACAGAGCUCUCCAGGCCACGUCGACGGAGAGGUCGACGAGGGCAUGCAGGCGACGCAAGAGCCGGCAGAAAGCGGGUUUCCCGACCAAGACCGAAAGAACGUCAUCUGUCGAAUCGUCGAGGCAGGCCUCGUUCCCUGGCUCCGAAAAGUCCACCUUCUCGCAAAGGUCGUCUGCCCGUCUCAGCCGUUGCCCUUUGAGGAGAUUAAGACGGCGUAUGAAAUGCUCGGGCCCUCGAGCCCCAGCGACGCGGCGGUUCUUCGCACCCCUCAGCUUCCUGCGUCCUCGGCGAGCUUUCCGUCGGCGUCGCCCCGUGUCUCUCCGUUCGCACCGUCCUCUCUCUCGGACCUCGUCUCGCCGUCUGUCGACCUCUACGAUCCCUCCGAGGAAUGCGGAAUUCUCCUGGAAGCCUUGCCGCUGCCCAAGUCGAUUCGUCUCUUCCUGUUCGGAGAGGACGACGACAUCUGGGGAGGCGGAGAGACUGCAAGCGUCGAAAGAAAGCGAGCAGACGAAGGAACGCGCGACCACCACGUGAUUGCGGCAGCUCUGAGGCUUCCGUCGCCGACAGCAUGGCCACGGGCAGUCACAGAGGCCCAUGCGUUGCGCCUGCUCCUUCGCGAGUCUCAGUUCCUCUGCUGUCUUGCUUCCCUGCCUCCAUGCUCAACCUCCCUGACUACGCUCAUGCCGAUUGUCGUGUCUUCGCGUUCCGGCCAUGAAACUCUUGUUCGGCUCUUUCAAUCGGCAAUGCGCCUCGUGCUCUCGGAGAAAGCCGGUGGCCAGGUCCCCCUGCCCUCGUCUUCGCUGCUGCGUGUCUCCUCCUCUUCUCGCUCGCCUCUCUCGUCUCCGCCGUCGCCAUUCUUCGGCGUUUCGGCUUCCUCGCGGCACCCGUCGCUUAUCGUCCGAGAUUCGGGCGACUCUGGGGCGCUUUUCGCCCCCCGCGGGAGAUGCUCGCGGCGAGAUCGAGAGAUCAAGGAAAGGCUCGAGAGCGUCGAGUUCCUCAACGCCCACAUGCUCUACUUCAGUCCGCUAACCCGCCGCCUUCUCCCCCACGACCUCGCCAGCUUACUCGCGGCCAGCAAAAUGAAAUGCACGCUUCUCUUCUCCACAGUUGCCGGCGGUCGAAGCGAUGAAGAGCGAUUCACGGCCGUCUGCGUGGCUCAGUUCCUGCCGCAUCCGACGAUUCUUCCGAAACUGUAUCAGCAAUUCUACAACCACUUCCUGCAACUUGGAGCGUACACGCCUUCUGUGGGCCUCCACGUCACCCCCGCAUGCGCAGUCUGCGUGACUUGCGGCGCCUUCCUGUGCGCCCUCGACUGCUGCGACGCCAGAGUCCCCGUCCACGAGGGCACACAAGUCCCCAACCUUGUCCUAAAUCUCCGAAGACACGCCGCCACCUGCGGCAUGGGACUUGCGCUGUAUCUCCACCUUUCUGCAUCGGCCGUCUACGCAGCUGCUGUUGACACAGCGGUCGACCGCGACGCCAAGUGGGGAUGUUUGCACCUUGAUGCAUAUGGCGAAGAGGACCCUCUCUUGAAACGCGGCAAGCCUCUGCACCUGUCGCUCAAUCGCCUGGGGCGCCUGACAGACGACUGGCGGCAGCAUCAAAUUCGCCUUUUCAGAAGGCUGCAAUGGUCUCGGAUGGACUCGAGCGCGAAUAACCACGCCGCCCAGGGAAUGUAG